ACUUGUUGUUACAACAACCGACUCUCUCCACUCCCCAAAAAUUAAAACCGCGAGAGGGAGAGAGAGAGAGAGAGAGUGCGAGCGGUGGUUUCUGCCGAAAGCCGAUGACCCAGACGACGGCGUCAGCACCGGGAGGACUCAAUUCCCUCGCCGGAAACGGCACCGAGCAGCGAUUAACGCCGGCAAUCGUCAACUCCUUCCGAGUCUCCGGCGCCAUGGAGCGCUUGACCACCAUUACUGGGCCCGGCCAACUCAUCGACCAACGCGAGUUUUACGGUCUCUGCGUCUCGCUUUCCAGAGGUAUUGAUUAUGCAGUUGCAAACAAGGAAAGACCGACUACGGCUCGUGAUUUACCAAAGUUAAUGAAACAGAUAUGUGACCGAGAACUUGACGCCCCCUUACUAUGUGCUACCAUGGUGCUGUUGAUUUCGAUGAAGAAUGCUUGUAAGGUGGGAUGGUUUCCAGAGAAGGAGGCUGAAGAGCUUUUAACUUUAUCUAAUGAGAUGGGUAGACACUUCUGUGUUCCAAUAGUGGCUGACACUGUUACUAGCUGUAGUCAUUCUGUUGUUGCAACAGUCAUGGCAAGGUUUUAUCCAUGUAUGAAAAUGGGCCACGUAUUUACCUCCCUUGAAAUCAAGCCUGGAUAUGGAGUUUACACAAAUGAUUUUCAUAUACUGAAGGAGUCGACAUAUUCUCCGGAAGACAAGAUUUGUCUACUUGUAGUACAAGUGGAUAAGACGGAUACAUCUGCAUGUAUUAUAAGUCCUCAACAAGCGAAUUUUCUUAUCAAUGGAAAGGGAGUGGACAGGAGAACUAAUGUUUCUAUGGAUCCUGGACCACUGAUGCCAACAAAUGUGACUCCACUGUUAAAAUAUGGAACAAAUCUACUUCAAGCCGUGGGACAGUUCAAUGGUCACUAUGUUAUUGUUGUUGCCUUUAUGAGUGAAACACCAUUAUCUGAAACUCAAGUUCUGCCAGAUUAUGUUCAACCUCUUGUGGAUGGAUCAGAUUCAGUAGAUGCAGACCUAAUUGAAGGGCCUUCACGAAUAUCACUUAACUGUCCCAUAAGCCAUACCCGUAUUAAAACUCCAGUCAAAGGACACCUAUGUAAACACCUUCAGUGUUUUGACUUCAGUAACUUUGUUAGUAUAAAUACAAGAAGACCAUCUUGGCGUUGCCCUCACUGUAAUCAGUGUGUCUGCUACUCAGAUAUUCGUGUAGAUCAGAAUAUGGCCAAGGUCCUACAAGAGGUCGGAGAUGAUGUUGUUGAUGUAAUUAUCUCUGCGGAUGGAUCAUGGAAGGCUGUCUUUGAAAAUGAUGCUCAUGUGAAUCAGGUUCAAGAUACAAACACCGGCGGUCCAAAAGAAACAUCUGAGCUACAAGAAGCUACCACCACGUUGUCAAAUGCUCUUCCUAGUGUUGUAGAUCUUACUGGGGAUGAUGAUGAGAUGGAUAUUGGGGGCGCUUAUGAAAUUGAGGACAUUAAACCUUCCCUUGCUAAUCUUAGCGCUCCACCUCAUUUAAACAAUAUAAUUGGGGUCAAUCAAAAUGUUGCUGCAGUAGAAGAUGCUUUUCGGACAGGAGGUCACAUUUCCUCUGGGUUGGCGAGCACUCUGAGGUCGGACACCCAAAUGUUUGUUGGAGCCCCUCAGCCCACUCCUGCAACUUUUGUUCAGACUCCUUCCAUUUCUCCAGCACUUAAUCGCGAAGCUGAUGUUCAUGUGAAUACUAAUCCGACAGCUCCUGAAUUGCACAAUCUUUCUUCCCCAAAUAAUUUGCAGUUACAACAGAUGCCUUCUGUGAACUCAAUUUCUAGCAAUGAGUAUGGAAGAUUUCCAACAAUUCACAGAAUUGUAAGCAGGACACCGAUAGCAGUUCAGGCCCUCCCAGCACAGUCCCAAGCACCAGGAGCACCAAGAUUAAGACCUGGUUUGACUUCUUCCACUCCCACACCCACUCCUAGCAGUUCUCCUAUUGCUUCUCAGGCUGGUUUAUCACCAACGGUGAGUGGUUUUAGCACAGUAUACUGUGAUACUGAAAGGCAACAGCACUUUUCGAGAUCGCUUGUCAAUCCACCACAACCGACAGCUGUUGCCUCAUCUUCACUGCAACAGCACUUGAACCAGAAUCGUCAAGAUCGUUCGUUUGCAAGUCCAGUGUCAAAUGGUUAUAGGUCACCAUCGUUACUUUCUGGUUUCCAAAAUGCGCAUCUUCAACAAGCUUUUAAUUCGAGGGCCCAUCCCGUGGUUCGGCCAUCUUCACCUCUCUCACAAACACCGAUCCAGCAAGGAAGUGCUCAAGCAGGGACUGCUCAGGCAUCAUCAGGGGCUGGAGUCCGACAAACGAGGAUUGGGGCUGCUGUUCAGGUAGGAGCAGCUGCCCAGAUGGGUAGACAAUCUCACUUGCCAGCAGUGCAAAGCCAAACAUCCAGACCGGGGCCGUCUUUGCUAGGAAAUGCUGCUAGAGUAUUAACAGGGGAUCAGAGGGGAAAUAUUGGAGGGGGAGUGCAAGCAGAUUCAAGGGCUAAUGGUUCUGCCGAACAGAAUUGGCAGCCAACAGGCCGAAUGCGUGGAAGCCUCAUGGGUCGGAACUAUUCGCAUCUUACAGAUAUAAUGAUCCAGCCUACUCAACAAGCAGAGUCUGCAAGACCACCAUUGCUUCCGGUAUCUUCCCCGCCACCAGCUGUCCCCAGCACGCUGCAGGUGCUUCUUGCCAACAGCAGAAACACUCGUGCUCCGCAACCACAAGGUGAUACCACUCGAUAAUAGAUGGCGUCCCGUGUGUAUAUAUGAAUGCCAUGUCUCAUUCUGUAUUUCCUUGAUCGUUAUCACCAUGUAAAAUUCACUUUAUAGAGUUAAGGGGCUCGAAGCAGCGUUGUUAUCAAUGCACUUGUUUCUAUUUUUCUUGCCCCGAUUUUUCCUUUUGCAGCUAUUAAUUAUUUGGUUGGAACG